AUGUACUUAGUCACUAAGUCUUGUCCGACUCUUUGCAACCUAUGGACUGUUGCCCACCAGGCUCUUCUGUCCAUGGGAUUCUCCAGGCAAGAAUACUGGAGUGGGUUGCCAUUUCCUUCUCCAGGGGAUCUUCCUGACCCAAGGAUUGAACCAGAGUCUCCUGCAUUGCAGGUGGAUUCCGUACCACUGAGCCUCCAUGGAAGACCUAAAUUCCAUGAGGAUCACUUACAAAAUACUGUGGGAGCACAAGGAGGAAGUGACCAGUUCUUCCUUCUAAUGGUGGAAGAGAGAAGGGUCUUGCAAGAGAUUUCCUGGGUGGAGAAGGCCAGCAAAUGUGAGGUCGAGAAGUUCCAGAGAAGAAAAAUUUCAGAAGAAUUGCCUCAGUUUAAGUAA